UCAUAAAUACCCCCACCCCCAAUCCAAUCACCUCCUCUUCACUCCUCGCUCGCACCACCUUCCUUCGUUCUUUACCCGCUCCUCGACAGCUCUCUAUCCUCAUCAUUAAUGGCUCACAAGAAAUCCCACAAGCUGCCUCAGCCCGCGGUCCUCAAGCAGAUCCUCAGGCGGUGCUCGAGCCUCGGCAGGAGGCCGAACAACGGCUUCGACGAGGGCGGCCUCCCCCUCGACGUGCCCAAGGGACACUUUGCGGUCUACGUCGGCGAGAACAGAGCCCGGCACAUCGUGCCGAUCUCCCUCUUGACGCGCCCCGAGUUCCAAUGCCUCCUCCGGCGGGCCGAGGAGGAGUUCGGGUUCGACCACGACAUGGGCCUCACGAUCCCAUGCGAAGAAGUGGUCUUCCGGUCUCUCACGUCGAUGAUCAGAUGACGGAGCGGGAGACGGGCCAAGAAAGGAGCAGCAACACGUACAUUGAUGCGUUGUUUGCGUCUUCUUCUUUUCCCCUACGUCUCUCUCUCUCUCUCUGGUCUUAAUUCGUUGUGAAUCUUGAUCUUUCUGAUUUCUUUUUUUGGGUUAUUUUUUAGCCUUAUGGGUUCUUAUUUCUGACGACUGUAACCCGAAUGUAUUUUGCGAGGAGGAUUUCCUGGGGUUAAUCAUGUAAAGGAGGAAGUUCGUGGUUUUCCUCAUGAAGGUGGAUUAUGUUGCCCCUUAUGAGAGAAGUUGACGUUAAAGAUUCAUGUAAUUGCCACGGUCAUUUUCCAAUGAAAAGUUAUUUUCACUUGGGUCA